AUGGAUCCCAGGGAACACACGUCCCUUUUCCGUAAGCUGUGGCUCGAAUACUGUGAAACGUGUACGGUUUACGCGAUGAGACAUCUGUCGGUAAAAUCGAUAAGCAUUGGUAAUCGAAUUUGGUGGAUGUUUUGGAUAGUUUGUGCAAUAACUUUAACCUGCCUGUCCCUACUGGCGACCUACGGAGGAUGGAUGAUGAACCCGAUUUACAUCAGUUAUGAGACGGAAUUUUUCCCAUCCUGGUCUGUUCCCUUUCCUGCGAUUACCAUUUGCCCACUGGUCAAAGUGAAUGCAAUGUACUUCAACAUAACCGAUAAUCUGGAAAAGUACAUGAAGGGGCAGGAAAUAUCUGAUCGAAACAUCCAAUGCCUCAGAUGCAUCAGCCAAACAUGUUUCGCAUUACCAAAAAUUAAUAAAUUUACCACUCAUGUUUCGGAAAACUGCGUUGAACAUUUCCAAAAUGUUUCACUUGACAUCGACGACACGAUGAUUUCAUGUUCGUGGCGAAACCAGAAUGUAGAUUGCAACACAAUUUGGACUCAAACUUUAACGGACGAUGGCCUAUGCUUCACGUUCAACGGUAUCGGCGCCAAUCGCUUGUUUAGAACUGAAAACCUUCACAAGGAGUAUAGUUAUAUCAGCAAAACGCCGGAUUCUAGCUUCUGGAAUGUGGAGGAAGGGUAUCUGAACCGGAAUGAACUGGCUGGUUAUCCAAAACGUCCCAUUGGUACUGGAAUUUCGUCAGGUUUGAAUAUUCUGUUGAAAACUAGAAACAUUGAUGCGGAAAUGGUGUGCAAUGCACCGCGAAACGGAUUCAAAGUGAUACUUCAUUCGCCUGAUGAAUACCCUUCGUUGGAGAACUUUUUCCAGCGACUGCCCUUGGAGGAUUCGUUAUUGUUCAUGGUGCAACCUGAGUUGAUUUUGACGUCGGAGGACUUGCGUAAAUUGCCGUUGAAGAGCCGUCACUGCUACUUCCGACACGAACGAUAUCUUCGAUUCUUCAAAGAAUACAACCAAAACAAUUGCAUUCAGGAGUGCAUCGCAAACCUGUCGCAGAGUAUGUGCAGCUGCAUUAAGUUCUCGAUGCCAAGAAGCGGAGACGUUCGUGUUUGCGAUGCCAGCGAAAUCGGAUGCUACAGGGACACCUUUUUUCGGGUUUUCCGUAAUGUCAGCAACGAACAGGAAUACCCUUGCGGAUGUUUACCGACUUGCACCUCGCUGUCCUACAACUAUGAGAUCUCCAGCAUUUCACUCAAUCACUCGGCUUACACUAGGGCACUGGAUAAGAAAGAGUGGCACUUGGAUGAUUUAAAACCUGCGAUAUUGAUGGUGGCGUUCAAAGAAAAAUGGUUCUUACCUAUGAUUCGUCAGAAGCUGGUUGGAUUUAGCGAUGCUGUGGCAAAAUUGGGCGGCUUAUUCAGUCUAAUAAUGGGUGCCAGUUUUCUCACGAUCGUGGAGCUUUUAUAUUACUGCUUCGUGAGACCCUGCAGCAGAAAGGUUUUCGAGGAGAAUGUUUCCGAGAUCCGGUCCAUCGUAGCAUGGCAUCGUUGA